AUGGGAUUUUGUCUGUCACAUACAAGCAAGUUAAAGCUUUUAGAUAUCCUUGGUAAUCACUUUGCUGACAGCGCAAUUGAUCAAGUUCGUCUUGGAAACAAACUUCAUGGAACGGGAGAUAACUGGGACAUGAAGAUACGCCCUCAUGACAUGCUGUCCACGCACCAAAAUACCGACUUACACUAUUUUGCUUCCAACCUUAUUGUUGAACGAGUCCCAUGCGACCAUCUGUCCACAACGUCACCUCAGAAAGACAUACUUUCGUUGCCAAACUCAACAUUUCUCAUAAGUUUGGCGGAAGCUACAAAGCUGAGGGAGGAUUUUAAAGUAUUGGUCGCACGAGUUCUUGUAACAAACAUACCACAGCUGUCGUUUCUCAAAAGUAUCGUCCCCGAACAUAUUCCACAUAAGUACCAGCAGGAAAUGGCAAAGAAAUCGACGAUCAUUCCAUUGCCCAUGCAAAUGAAGGAUGAGAAGAAGUAUGAAGAUGUCGUUGAUAUUUUGGAUUCGUAUGAGCAGGAAUUAGAAGAUAUUUACAUAAGAGCCGGUGUCGUACGAAAGUCCAAGGGACCAGAACAAGAGCAGCCAGUCCGCAUUACAAGUGGUGAAUCGGCCACACCAGACCAAGCAGCAGCGCACUUCAACAAAGAUGAUGCAAACGAUCACAUGAAAGGAAUAUCAGCACCAUUCGGAGGGGACCAAAUGACGCGAGUUCGGUUUGCGGGUGCCAAGGACCUGAGAGCUGGAGCACACACUGCAAAACAACGCUUCGAUCACUGCAGUCCAUUUGUUUCAGAGCUGUUCCAUACCAAGAUGGCCUAUGUACAGGUGAAAAUAAAUAAAUAUUAA